AUGCUUGUUCUUCUCCGCUGCAAAUUUGGCACGAACUUCCUGAAAUGGGAUUUCACUACGCAAGCUAUAGCUGAAUGGAAAGAGGCCGUCCUAAAGGAUUCGACGAUCACAAAAGCCUCUCAUGAUGACACAUUCAAGAAAAAGAUUCUUCAUGAGCUUACGUCCAAUGAGCUUCCUGAUGUUGUGUCUAUUCAUGAAAAUCGCGUCCGUAAGCUUCACACUACUCGCUCUUGGGAUUACAUGGGGGUGAGUGGAAGUACAAAUAUGCCUCUAUUUUCUAGCAGCAAACCUCUAUGGGAACUAGGAGAAUAUGGAAAAAAUGUGAUAGUUGGGAUAUUAGACACAGGGGUUUGGCCAGAAUCUCCAAGCUUUAACGACGAUGGUAUGGGCGAAAUCCCCAGUAAGUGGAAGUUGAUUGGAGCACGCUACCAUUUGAGAGGGUAUUUGGAGGGGUUGUCAAAGAAAGAGAAGAAGGUUCCAGGAAUCUUAUCUGCAAGAGAUGACGACGGCCAUGGGACACACACAGCUUCCACUCUCGCAGGCAGAUUGGUCCAAAACGCCACAGUUGUGGGGAGAUUUGCCCAGGGAACUGCUGCAGGAGGAGUUCCAGGGGCGAGGGUUGCAGCAUACAAAGCUUGCUGGGGGGGAGACGAUGGGUAUUGCCAUGAGAGUGAUUUGAUUGCUGCGAUGGAUCAAGCAGUGCACGAUGGAGUGGACGUUAUAUCAAUUUCUAAUGGAGGUGAGGAAUAUGCUAAUGACGUGGUAGCUCUUGCUGCUCUUUCCGCGGUCAAGAAAGGUGUCACCGUUGUGGCUUCUGCUGGAAACGAAGGCGUCAAAGGAAUGGGCAAUAGUGACCCAUGGCUCAUCACAGUUGGUGCUAGUAGUAUGGAUCGAUGGGGAUCAGCUCGAUUAUCUUUAGGCAAUGGCACGACUUUCACGGUUUGUUUCUCUUUUGUGUCCAUGGCUGCUUUCUUGUACUGCAUGGAUUAUUCUUUGGACCGUGAGAAGGUCCAGGGAAAAAUUGUCCUGUGCAUGCGAAAGCGUGGUAAAGAUACCCUUGCUCAAAGCACUGAGGUGAGGGAUGCUGGUGGUGCCGGCAUGAUCUUGUAUGAAGAUGUUAAAGACGAGCAAGAGCUGAUGGAUUAUUGGCAUUACGUGCCCUCUAUACACAUCUCAGCAAAGGAUGCUCUCGCACCGGACAUCACAGCACCUGGUGUUGAUAUUUUAGCAGCAUGGCCUCCAAAUGUGGAUUUGGGUGAAGGCAGAGGACGUGGAAAUUUCAACUUCCAGUCUGGAACUUCAAUGUCAUGCCCUCAUGUUGCUGCUGUGGCUGCACUCUUAAAAUCAUACCACCAAGAUUGGAGCCCUGCUGCAAUUAAAUCUGCAAUAUUAACAACAGGUAAGGUGGUACUUUCAAUCAAUCACUAA